GUGACGCCAGUGUUUAUCGUGGAGUUUGGGGGAGGCACCGGGAUGCUGGCCCGCGACGUCCUCCGACACUGCCGCCAGUCCCAGCCGGAGUUCUACGCGGCAGUCACCCGGUACGUCAUCGGCGAGCGCUCGCAGGCGUUGCGGAGCGCUCAGAUGCGCACGGCCGCCGAGUUUCACCGGAGCGGCAAGCUGGUCGUCACGGAGGCCGACGCGCGCCAGGCGUCCAAGCUGCGCGAGCUCCUGGCCCGCGAGGCCGGUGGCCCAGAGGCAGCCAUCCGUGGCUUUAUUCUGUCCAACGAGCUGCUUGACGAGUUCGAUCCACUUCGCCUAAGGCUUGUGUGGCGGGCCGGCCAGCCCCCGGACGCGGCAGGAUGCGAGUCGUGCUCAGCCUACCGGGAGGCCCACGUCCUCCACAGGGUCGACGAGUCCGCGCUGGGGGCGCUGCUGCAGAAGAGCGGCUCGGCCCCGGGCGAGGCCGAGCGGCUCGUGGACGCCCACCGCUGGGAGGGCAAG